AUGCCAACUUUACCAAAAAUGAAUUCCCUUUUUGAAACUUUCAAUAACGAGGAAGUUGCCUUGAAAUUUCUUCAAGACGCAGAAAUCUUUCAAAAAAACUUGGAUUGUCCAACUUGUGGAAGCAAAACUAGUUUUCAAAAAAGCACUUUUAUAUUAAGAUACCUUACAAAUCAGUGUCGAAAAGCAAUUUCUGUCAAAAAAGGCACUUUUUUUGCCGGAAAGUGUUUGCCAAUGAAAAAUACUUUUCAUUGGGUUUAUUUAUGGCUAUCAAAAACGCUGAUGUCUAGUGCAAUUAUUCAUGUUAGCUGCAGUAGUGCAACGGCAACCACCUAUUAUGGCUAUUUUCGUCAGCUUGUUGCUAAUUCAAUCGACGAAAAUCAGUCUAUAAUAGGUAGAGAAGGAAUCGUCGUGAAAAUUGACAAAACAAAAAUGGGCAAAAAAAAGUAUAAUAAAGGCCACCGUGUUGAUAGAGUUUGGGUUGUCAGAAGCGUCGAAAAAACAAAGAAAAGACUUGUUUUUGCUGUUACCGUUGAAAAAUAG